AUGGCUAGUUAUUCAACAGCUGAAGCUCUUAGACUGAUUAUGCAGGAAAAUACAGAAAGUGAUAAAGACAAUGUUACUGAAAAUGAUGCCAAUAGUAAAGAUAGAGAUUAUUUGCUAGUGACUAAAAGAGGUAAAGGUACUGCAAGUGGAGAAAGAGGAGGUAGAGGUAGAUUAUGUCGUGGAAAGGACGCGCACGGUAGAUCCGAUUCAGCUCAACCAACAGCUGUAGGUCAGUCAGUUGGUGGUUCGUGCUUCUGUUUGAAUUAUGUGGUCACUUACUCGCAGAAACCCAGGCAGGACUGUUUUGAUAAAUCCUUGAAAUACGUGCAGGUGUACAGAGUCAUAGCAAGACUAGAUUUUAUAGACGGUUACAAGUUUCACUACCUCUGCAUGAACGACAAAGUUGAAUGGAAAAAGCCAUACUGCUUGGCGGGCGUGUGUGAGCCCGGAUGGAGAGGGAAAUUAUGUGACAUCAGAGAUUGUCGUGUAGCCAACGGAGCUUGCGGAUCCAAACUUGCCUGCAAAACUCAUGAAAUCAAUGGCUACCUGUCUGAUCAGUGCUCGUGCAAGGAUGGGAUGUUUUUGUCAGAUGAAGUGUGCUUCAAAUCAUCAUUAGUCAGUGACAUUUUGAACAGUGGUUUGGCGAACGUCCUGACAUUUUCUUCAGUGCCCUUCAUUUUCGUCCUGCCCGUCAUAUUUGGAUUGAUAGUUUGGUCGAAAACAAAAAAAACAGGGAUAAAGAAUAAAGAGAAACAGAUGGAGCAGUCCACAAGUACCAAUGUUUGAUGAUGAAAAAAGAUGUCAAAUAGUCUUAACAACGGCAUAAGAUCAUUUAAAUAUAUUUUUGAUAAUUUUCAAAUGUUUCAAACCAA